GGCGGCUCAUCUCAACACACCAGACACAAGUAAAACAAAACAUGGACCACGAUCCUUUUAGAUGGGGAAGACCUAGCGAUGCGACAUACGGCGCAUACAACACUGCUAUUGCCAAUGCGAGCGCACAUGGCUCCAGCGCCAACAGUAGUGAAUACCCAAAGAUGAAUACACAACAACCAAUUGUCACUGGUACAUCCGUGAUAGCGAUGAAGUUCCGUGACGGUAUCAUCAUUGCUGCUGAUAACCUGGGUUCGUAUGGUUCUCUUGCCAGAUUCACAGAAGUUGAAAGACUAUUCCCUGUUGGGGAGAACGCCGUUGUCGGUGUAAGUGGUGACAUAUCUGAUCUUCAAGAGGUGGGACGUUUGCUCGAACAAUUGGAGACUGAAACUUCAUAUGACUACGAUGGACACUCUUUGAGGGCGCCUCACAUACAUGAGUAUCUACAAAAAGUGUUCUACGCUAGAAGAUCCAAGAUGGACCCCCUGUGGAACUCUGUUGUCGUUGGUGGUCUUGAAGAUGGUAAGCCAUUCCUCAAAUACGUUGACCUCUUAGGAGUGACAUACUCAUCCCCAACUAUCGCCACGGGCUUUGGUGCACAUUUGGCAAUUCCAUUAUUGAGAAAGGUUGUUUUCAAAGAGGAGGACGUUGAGAGUAUCGAUGAGGCGACUGCAAGAAAGGCCAUUGAGGAGUGUAUGAAGGUUCUUUACUACAGAGAUGCCAGAUCCCUUGACAAGUACUCAUUGAUUACGAUUACCAAGGAGAAGGGGGUUGUUUUCGAAAAGAACUUGAAAUCUGAGAACCAGAGUUGGAGAUUCGCAAAGGAUAUUAAGGGUUACGGUACACAGGUUGUUUAGAGCUUUGUAUUUGAAAUGUAAUCCGUUCUUGAAAUUCCCUGUAUGUUGAUCUGAACUAGAUAUUGGUGAGUCCAAUCUGUUGAGCCGUUGUCCUUAGAUGUACACUCUGUUCUGUCUAAUGUGUGAUACACUUGGAGAGCAGGACCUUGACUGUGCACUCGCGUUUCAAUUGGUUGGCUGUGUACGAGUCUGCCAUCUAAGAGGCAGUGUGGUUGCAAUACCUGAUUUCAAGCAAGGCACUGAUAGAAAUAUGUGUGCAAUUCUAAGAGCCCUGAAUGUGUAUUAGCACCAGGUGUUUGGCCCUGUGUGUACAUUUAUGCGUUGUAUCUGAUGUAACUGGCAACGUCAAUGCAUCGUCACCUUCAAAGACCGCCAAUUGAUACAACUGAGUACCAAUUAGACCACCCCCUGU